UAGCAGGUCCCUAGGCGUUCGAUUUUCCGGGGACACUGCGGAGCAUUUGGGAGCACUCGAAAUCGCCGGAAGCGGAGGGGCCGAGCGAAAUCGGCUCUCUGUGUGGUUGUUUGGUUUCUGGGGAAAACGGAUGCAAACAGAAGAUGACUCCCGCUGUGGAUGAGGCUACUUGGGUAAAAUAAAUAAAAUAGCAAUUGGGUUCUUACACAUUGGAGCCUUCUCUUUUUAAACUCUUCUGACGUCCUUUUUUCUCUCUCUCUCGUCUGGAGAGUGAGUUGUUUUUUGAGUUCUUACUGUGAUCGACGUGGCGCCUUCUGCUCUCCUCUUUUUCUUUUUUUUCUAGUUACCCCAGUUUGUUUGGGUUAUGACUGAUAUCGUACCCACUGGAGCUUCUCUCUCGACCUUUUGCUUGUGUCAAUUGAACAAUUCAGACUUGUCGCAACUUCGGCUACACAAGUAAAACAGCCUUUUCAAUCAUGGGUGCUUUUCCUCCGCCGCCGGUCAACACCAUUGACUGGUCCAACGUCGGGUUCCGAGUCCGCGAAGUCAACGGCCACAUUGAAUCGACAUACUCAGUGCACACGGGCAAGUGGACGCCCAUCAAGUAUGUGGCGGACCCGUACAUGCGCAUCCACGGCAUGGCACCGGCGCUCAACUACGGCCAGCAGGCCUACGAGGGCCUCAAGGCCUUCCGCCUGCCCGGCGACAACGACAUCGCCAUCUUCCGCCCAGACCGCAACGCCGUGAGGCUUCAGCACUCGGCCGAGGUCGCCUGCAUGCCUCCGGUGCCUGUCGAGCUGUUCCUUGAGGCGGUCAAGGCCGCUGUUGCGCUCAAUGCCGGCUACGUUCCCCCCCACGAGACCGGCGCCGCCAUGUACAUCCGCCCUCAGAUCUACGGAUCAAGCGCCCAGCUGGGCCUGUCCGCGCCGGAGGAAUACACCUUUUGCGUCUUCGUCAUCCCCACGGGCGUCUACCACGGCGUGCACCCGGUCAAGGCCCUGAUCCUCGACGAGUUCGACCGCGCGGCGCCCAACGGCACUGGCCACGCAAAGGUCGGCGGCAACUAUGCGCCAGUCUUGCGAUGGAGCGACAAGGCGCGGACGGAGGGAUACGGAAUCACGCUGCACCUGGACAGCGCCCGGCACGAGGACAUUGACGAGUUCAGCACGAGCGGCUUCAUCGGCGUCAAGACGGGCAGCGGCGGCAGCGGCGGCAGCGACGACAUCACCCUGGUGGUGCCAGACUCCAAGUGCGUCAUCGACAGCGUCACCAGCAGCAGCGUCCUGACGCUGGCCCAGAGCUACGGCUGGAAGGUCGAGAAGCGCGUCAUCAAGUACGCCGAGCUGCCGUCCUUUAGCGAGGUCUUUGCCGCUGGAACGGCUGCAGCAUUGGUGCCCAUCCGGAGCAUCACGCGCCGUGGCACGAGCGGUUUCGCUGCUGGAGCAAAUGUUACGAAGACGGCGGAGGCGGAGACUGUGACGUACAUUCCUGAGGGCCAGGAGGAUGCUGGACCUGUUUGCUUGAAGGUGUUGACGGACUUGAAGGGCAUUCAGCUGGGUAAGAAGGAGGACAAGUUUGGCUGGAGGUUUGCGGUUACGGAGGCUGAUGGCAAGGAUAUUGCGGGAGUGAAUGGUGUGCAUGAGGCGGAUGCGCAGACGGUGGAUCAGAUGGAUUAAGAGAGGAAUGAAAAAGGCAAAGGAAAGAAAAAAGAGUCAAUGGCGUUGUAUAUACGUGUAUCAGUUGAACAUCAAAUCACGGCAUAUGGU